GAAAUUCCAGUUUCAGAUCAGACAGGGCACGGCUGGGUUUUAGUCCGGUCUCGCUGGUUUGUGCGUGGGGUUGAGGCGGCGCAGCCAAGGUGACAGUGUAGAGGUCACAAUUAGAGGCGGAAGAGACACGUGCUGCCUUAGGGGGGCGCUUCCUGCACAUUACACUGACAUCUGGUCUGUUUAUUCUCAGGUGCAGAAAUGCGUCUGACGCUACUUCUCGAGAUGGCCGCCAAGCUCAAAUUACCUCACGAUUACCGCUUUGGAAUGAGCCGCCCGUCUACGUUGGCAGCAAAGAGGAGGAACCCCCCGGGCAAGAGAAGAUCCAAAGUGUUUGUAGAGCCCGUCAGUAAGGAGGAAUGGCAGUAUUUCCGUGGGGACACUGUUGAAGUUCUCCAUGGGAAAGAUGCCGGGAAGCAAGGGAAGGUGACCCAAGUGGUCAGAGCACGCAACUGGGUUGUGGUUGACGGUUUAAACACACAUUUCCGCUAUGUGGGUCGGACAGAUGAAUACAGAGGAACAUAUGUUGCCAGUGAAGCGCCACUUCUACUGAACCAGGUGUCUCUGAUCGAUCCCACAGACAGGAAGCCCACCGAGAUAGAAUGGCGAUACACAGAGGAGGGUGAGCGCGUGAGGGUGUCUGCGAGAUCUGGGCGCAUCAUUCCUAAGCCUGUGCUGCAGAGAAGAGAUGGAAUCAUCCCUGAGCAAUGGAAAGACGGUCCCAAGGACACCUCUGUGGAAGAUGCUCUAGAAAGGACCUAUGUGCCAUCCCUGAAGACAUUCCAAGAAGAAAUAAUGGAGAAAACGGGCAUUGCAGAAAACCGCAGGCACAGGAAAUCCUACUGGUACUAACCCAGGCAGAGCUGUGCGGAGCAACCAUAAUUCCCACUGUUCAUGUACAUCACAUGGGCUAGAGAUUCAAAUCCAGAACAAAAGGAAACUUGCUUGCACGUAUGGUCACUUCCAGACGCAUCAGUACAGCCCACAUCUCUCUAUGGAUGGUCUUUCCUUCAGAACUUGUGUGUGUAUAUGAGUAUAAUACUUUUGUAAAAAAAAAAAAAAAAAAGCAAUACAACCGCUGAAAUAAAUUCAGCAGCAGAAACAUUAAAACAACAAGCUGCGAUUAAAGCUUUUUUUUCCCCACCCUGCUAUGGGAUGUUUUGUUCUCUUUAACGAGGGGUUACAGGCACAGGAGACUAAUAAUAAAUACAUAGGGAGACUACCAACUACCAAUUCUCAGCUGCAUUGAGAUCAAGGCAAUUCAGAGGGCACCGCUGGAUGUUCAACUUUUUGUUUUUGAAAGUCCAGUGUUAAACUGGCCAUACCCGGGCCAAUAAAAGCUGCCAACAGAGUGUAUGGGACCCUCCGUCGGGCUUCCCCGAUCAAUAUCUGCCCGAGAGUCGGCCAGAUGUCUAUUGGGCAGGGGAAAUAAUCCAGUCAGAUCGCGGACCACAUCUGUUUGUUGAAUUGGUCCCGUGAUCUGACCGCCGAUCAGAUCAGCCUGAUAUCGCCCACCUUGAAGGUGAGCAUAUCGGGGGGAGAUCCGCUCGUUUGGUGAAAUCGACAAACGAGUGGAUCUCUGUGUAUGGCCACCUUUACUUUGGCAUUGUGUUUGGGAUCAUUGUCCUGCAGAAAGAUGCCUUUCUCCCAGUUUAUUAGCAGCCCGUAACAGGUUCUUUUUCAGUAUUGGCCACUAUUUUUUACCAUUCUUAUUUAAAGGAGAACUAAAGCUUAACUAAAAAAGUA